AUGUCUCCUCCGCCCCAUGUCCUCCUCCCCGCAGCCCGCGCCCCUUCCUGGCAAGAGGCGUGGCACAACGCGCAGCCGGAGCUCUCAGGCUGCGCGCGGAUGUCGCAGCUUGUGCAGUUGCUCAAAGACCCUCUCUCCAAGGCAAUCGGGCUGGUAGACUCCACGCUGAAGGGCAAGUUUGACCCAGAGUUCACCUUGCUCAUUCAUCUCGUGCUCUACAAGCUGUCUGUGUGGGACCAAGUGAACAAGUCCGCAGCCGCUGGCCUUCCCCAGACCACGCUGGCGCUUCAUGGCGCCCUGACGAUCUUCGUCCCCUACUUCCACAAUCGAAUACGCGCGCACGCUCUGUCGAAUGCCUGGCCUGACGCCCCCUCUUCCGAUCGCAGACGGCGAGCUUGGGAGUUCUUGACGCGACUCGAGUCGAUACAUGCGCUCGCCGCGUUCACCAACUUCGUCGUCUUCCUCUGGAAUGGACGGUACGGUCUACUUGCUUUUGCGCCUGCGUUUGAUCUCUGCGCGGCGCAUUUCCAGCGUGAGGUGUCAUUCGAGUUCAUGAAUCGCCAGAUGGUGUGGCAUGCGUUCACUGAAUUCCUUCUUUUCUUGCUGCCUCUCAUCGACACACGGGCCCUCCGGCGACAACUCACGACGUUCACAUCCCAUCUGACACUGUCGUCAAUCCUCCCUGCACCCUUACGCGCACUUGCUGGGUCGCCUGCGGCUGAGAAAUCUGAACAAGCAGCUCCCAGGGGCAAGUACUGGGCGUUAUCCGAAGACCAAUGUGCCAUCUGCGCAGACAACGCCUCGACGAACCUCAACUUCUCCGACCCUGCCAACGCGCUGACAUCGCUCGCGCCAUGUCCCCACUAUGUCCCCCAGUUCCCGAUCCAUAACCCGUACAUCACCUCGUGCGGGCAUGUGUUCUGCUACUACUGCCUCACGGAUCGCAUGAUGCGCGCUGCGGACGAGCGCUCUGGGGGCGUCGUCGCGGCGGACCGGCUGGAGGCGGAGGUGGAAGGUCCUGAGUACGAGAGCGGGGUCGAAGACGAGGACGAGGAGAGCGCCUUCAGUUUCGACUAUGGGAGUGAGACGCUGAGUUUACGGACAUGA